AUUCGAAUUUCUCAUUUUGUUUUUCCCAAUCUUCCAAUCUUCUCUGAAAGGCUCUCACUGCUUCCCAAUUUCAUUAUAUCUUCAUUCCAGUUUUGAUUUCGCUGUUCUUCUUCUUGAAAAUUUGGGAUUUUCGGCCGGGAUAGAAAGGCUGGCGAUUGUUCCGUGUAUUUGGUAAUGGCGGAAGCGCCUCCUGCCCGCCUCAGGUCUAUUCUCGUCUUUGCUUCCCAAUUUGAAGAGUCCGUUUGCUUGGGUGAAGGUGGUUGUGGUUAUGAAGUGAGUUCUUUAACUUUAGAAUCAGUGAGAAAAGUGUGGACUGAUCUGCUUAUCCCAGAAUGGUGACUGUGGUGCGAGUGCAUCUCCCGUCAGAGAUACCCAUAGUAGGAUGCGAACUUACGCCCUAUGUUCUUUUGCGUCUGCCCGAUAGUUCUGUAACUCCAGAUGAUGUUCCCGAGUCCUCCCCCAUCAAUGAGGUGUGAAAUUCUUAUAAUCACUAAAUUUUAUACUAUCAAACAUAAGUGGUUUUAAUAGGUACUACAAUCAGUCAACAAUGAAAAUGAUCAGAUUGAAGGUGUUGCUACAAAUGUUGAUGAGAGUGUCAAUGUCACUAAUGUACAAGUCGAAGAUGAAAGUGUAGAUGAUGUAGAUAAUGCUACCAACUUUCAAAGAAAAAAGAGAAAAAAAGUGUCAAAAGUUCAUCAAGAUUUUGAAGAUGUCAUUGUCAAUGGUGGAGUGAAGAAACACAAAUGCAUUCAUUGUGGGAAACUCCUUUGUAUGAAUUCUUCAAGCACAACAUCUCACUUUAAAAAUCAUUUAGGAAGGUGUUUACAGAGCCAAAUUCACCAGAGAAAUCAACAAACCUUACAACUGCAGCCAAAAACCUCUGCCUUUGAGAUGAAGCCUCUUUUUGAUGGUAAGUAUGACCAUAGCAAGCAAAGAGAAGCCACUGCCCAUUGGAUUUUAACAACUGAGCAGCCCUUAAAUGUUACAGAGAGCCCAUUCUUUACUUUUAUGCUUAAAAUCAAUCAACCACAAUAUGAAAAGAUUUCACGGGCCUCUGUAAGAAGCGAUGUGGUUAGUGUUUAUGAGCUAGAGAAGAAGAAAAUACAGUUGGCCUUAACAAGCAUUAAAAAGAUUUCCUUGACCACUGAUAUUUGGAAAUCAAAAGUGCAAAAGAUUUCCUAUAUGUGUGUUAGGCAUUAUGUUGAUGCAAAUUGGGAUCUUCAAAAACUUCUUCUCAAUUUCAUACCUCUCCCUCCUCCUCAUACUGGUCUCGACAUCAUCGAUAAGCUUAUGAGCACAAGUGUUAUUGAUGUCCGAAAUGCAUUAUACAAGUUAUUCUCUGAAUAUGUUCUUGCUGAAAAUGUGAGGAAUGCUAGAGGAAGUUCUAUUCAUUUGAUGAGUAUCUCAAUACAGUUGAAACUGAUGUUCUGGUAAAAUCUGAAUUAGACAUUUACUUGGAAGAAGGGGUUUUUAGAUGUCACGAGGGUGAAGUAAGUUCUGAUUUUGAUGCCUUAGCAUGGUGGAGGUCUCAUGAAUUGAAGUUUAAGAUAUUGUCAAAGUUGGCUCGUGAUAUUUUGGCAAUUCCGAUUAGUUCGGUAGCUUCUGAGGCUACAUUCAGUGCAGGUACUCGCAUCUUGGACCCAUAUUGUUCGAAGUUAACUUCAGAGAUGGUACAAGUCUUAAUUUGUGGGGCGGACUGGGUUUGUCGGCUACAUGGAAUCAAGCAAUCCCUUAUGAUCUAUGACGAAGAGCCUAUGGUUGAAGUAAUACUUAAAGACUAAGAGAUGAAGAACAAGCAGUUAAAAUUUGCUUUUGGGCAUCUCCCUCCACCACCCUUGUGUUUCUUUGUUUGUUUGUUGAAUGAUUCCCAUUUCUACCAGUAUAGUAGAAUGUGUGUUUGGGACAUGUUUCCCUAAUUCGUAGUAGUUUGGGACAUGUUGUUUCCCCCACCCCUAUUUUGAAUGAUUCCCAUUUCCACGUUUUGGGACAUGUCACAUGUUGUUUCUAUAAUUCAUGGCAAUUUCGGUAGCAUUUUGAACGUCUUAUGAUGAAUUUGUCAAUUUAUGUUACUUGCACUUUAUAAAAAAGAAUAAUGUACUAUCCCUGGG